UUGCGCUUUUUCUGGUUGCGAUUGUGAGUGUGGUGUUGAAUUUUGUGUUAAAUCCAUCAAAAACGACGCAAAAAGCACGUAAAUUUGAUGGAAUGAUUGAUUGGGAAGUUUGUUACUGAGGGUCUGAACGAAAAUUGUUGAGAAAAUGGCAACACUAGGGCAUCAGGCAGCUGCACAACUGCUUGAUUUCUCCCAGAAGCUGGACAUAAAUUUGCUCGAUACCGUGGUCGGGAGCAUGUACGAGGGCAACGGGGAGACACAGAGGAUCGCACAGGAGGUGCUCACGACGCUGAAGGAGCACCCGGACGCGUGGACGCGCGUCGACACAAUCCUCGAGUUCUCAAACAACCAGCAGACCAAAUACUACGCCCUGCAGAUUCUAGAACAAGUCAUCAAGACUCGGUGGAAAGUCCUGCCGAGGAACCAAUGCGAGGGCAUCAAGAAGUACAUCGUUUCUCUGAUCAUCAAGACCAGCUCGGACCCGGAGACCCUUGAAGCCAACAAAACGUAUUUGAAUAAGUUGAACAUGAUUCUAGUACAAGUCUUGAAGCGUGAGUGGCCUAAAAACUGGGAGAGUUUCAUCCCCGACAUCGUGGGGGCGAGCAAAACGAACGAGAGCUUGUGUCAAAACAACAUGAUCAUAUUAAAAUUGCUGAGUGAGGAGUUGUUCGAUUUUUCUUCGGGACAGAUCACGCAAACUAAAGCCAAGCAUUUGAAAGAUACGAUGUGCUCAGAAUUCUCGGCCAUUUUUCACCUCUGCCAGUUUGUCUUGGAAAAUUCGCAAAAUCCACCCCUGGUUAACGCCACCCUUGAGACACUAUUAAGGUUUCUAAACUGGAUCCCGCUUGGGUAUAUUUUCGAAACGAAGCUGAUAAACACACUGAUUUUUAAAUUUUUAACUGUUCCUAUGUUCCGAAACGUAACACUUAAGUGUUUAACUGAGAUCGCUGGAGUUACCGUUAGUAAUUACGACGAUAUGUUUGUUAAUCUUUUCACCCAGACUAUGACACAACUGGAGGUGAUGUUGCCACUGCAAACUGACAUCAAGUCAGCUUACGCUGGUGGGCAGGACCAGGAGCAGAAUUUUAUCCAAAAUCUUGCUUUGUUUCUGUGUACUUUCCUGAAAGAGCACGGGAAUUUGGCGGAGACUUCCGGUCAGGUCGAAGUAUUACGCAACGCUUUACGUUACUUAGUUUUAAUAUCCGAAGUCGAGGAAGUCGAAAUUUUUAAAAUUUGUCUCGAGUACUGGAACACUCUCGCUUCGGAGUUGUACCGCGAGGUCCCCUUUUCGGGGGCCGCGACGAUCUUCUUCGGUGCUCGGAGGGCUUUGUACCAGGAAGUGUUGAACAAAGUCCGGUACAUAAUGAUUUCGCGGAUGGCGAAACCAGAGGAGGUGCUCGUUGUUGAAACUGAUAAUGGAGAAGUUGUGAGAGAGUUUAUGAAAGAUACCGAUUCGAUAAAUCUGUACAAAAACAUGCGAGAAACUUUAGUUUAUUUAACUCAUUUGGACUACGCGGACACUGAGAGGAUUAUGACUGUGAAGCUGCAGAACCAAGUGAACGGGAGCGAGUGGUCUUGGAAGAACCUCAACACGCUGUGCUGGGCCAUCGGGAGCAUCUCGGGGGCGAUGCACGAAGAGGACGAGAAGCGCUUCCUGGUGACCGUCAUCAAGGACCUGCUGGGGCUGUGCGAGCAGAAACGCGGCAAAGACAACAAGGCGAUCAUCGCCUCCAAUAUUAUGUAUGUCGUGGGGCAGUAUCCCCGGUUUUUGAGGGCACAUUGGAAAUUUCUAAAGACUGUAGUCAAUAAACUGUUCGAAUUUAUGCACGAAACACACGAUGGAGUCCAAGACAUGGCUUGUGAUACGUUUAUCAAAAUCGCCUUGAAAUGCAGACGACAUUUCGUUACGACACAAAUCGGUGAAUCAUGCCCUUUUAUUGAGGAUAUUUUAAGUUCCGUUUCUACUAUAAUUUGUGACUUACAGCAGCAGCAAGUGCAUACUUUUUAUGAGGCUGUUGGGUACAUGAUCUCUGCGCAAGUUGACACUGCGACGCAGGAGGCUUUAAUCGAAAAAUAUAUGAUGUUACCUAACCAGGUUUGGGACGAUAUUAUUAGUCAAGCCAGUAAAAACGUUGACAUCUUGAAAGAGAUCGAUGUUGUUAAACAAUUAGCGAGUAUUUUAAAAACCAACGUUAGGGCUUGCAAAGCUUUAAAUCAUGCGUAUGUGAUGCAACUGGGGAGAAUAUAUUUGGAUAUGCUUAACGUUUAUAAGGUCAUGUCGGAAAAUAUAACAGCAGCUAUAGCAUUGAACGGUGAGAUGGUAACAAAUCAGCCGCUAAUCAAAGCAAUGCGAGUGGUUAAGAAAGAAACGUUAAAAUUAAUAUCAGACUGGAUAUCGAGGACGCACGACCAUGCUAUGGUUAUGGAAAAUUUCAUACCUCCAUUUUUAGAUGCCGUGCUAUUAGAUUAUCAAAGAACGGCCGUACCUUCGGCCCGAGAACCCGAAGUUCUCAGCGCUAUCGCUACUAUAGUUAACAAACUGGAAAUGCACAUAACAUCAGAGGUUCCAAAAAUAUUCGACGCUGUGUUCGAAUGCACACUAGCAAUGAUCAAUAAAGACUUUGAGGAAUAUCCCGACCAUCGAACGAAUUUCUUCCUUCUACUUCAAGCAGUCAAUAAUUUCUGCUUCCCGGCCUUCCUGAGCAUACCUCCCGCGCAAUUCAAGCUCGUCCUGGACAGCAUAAUAUGGGCGUUCAAACACACGAUGAGAAACGUGGCCGAUACAGGCUUGCAAAUUUUGCUCAAGUUAUUACAAAAUGUCGAGCAGUUCGAACAUGCAGCUCCUAGUUUUUAUCAAACUUAUUUAACCGAUAUUUUGCAACAUGUCUUCUCGGUUGUAACCGAUACGUCACAUACGGCAGGAUUGUCAAUGCAUGCUACGAUCCUGGCGUAUAUUUUCUCAUUGGUGGAAUCGGGAAGAGUCAAUUGUCAGUUAGGACCAACAGCCAAUAACGUUCUCUACAUACAAGAAUUCACCGCGACGUUGUUGAGAUCUGCGUUCCCGCAUCUCACAGACAACCAGAUCAAGAUCACUGUGCAAGGGAUGUUUAAUUUAGAUCAGGAUAUACCAGCGUUCAAGGAACACUUGCGAGAUUUCCUCGUGCAAAUUAGGGAGUAUACUGGCGAAGACGAUUCGGACCUGUUCUUGGAGGAGCGCGAAAAAAUGCUGCAGGCGGCGCAAGCCGAGAAGCGUCGAAUCCAGCUCUCAGUACCUGGAAUUCUAAAUCCCCACGAGGUCCCUGAAGAGAUGCAAGAUUAGCAGUUUAACUUGUAGAAAACCUAUUGUAAACUAAUAAUCUAAAUCUUAUAAUUUAGAACGAUAUUUUUGUAUUUGUAUCAUCCAUAACAUGCUGCAUUUGGAUGCAGUCUACUAGCGAAAACGUGUUUUGUGCGAGUUGAAUAAUUGGAAAUUGCUUUUUGUUUAGGUUUUUUAUACACAAUAUAAUUUUAAGCAAAGUUGGUGACUUUUUUCUUCACGUCGGUUAUGUUUGCAUGUUUUUCUUCUUGGCACAAACAUCGUUGAAUGGAAAUCACCUUACAUUUAGGUUGAAUGUAUUUGAAUGAAUGAUUGGCUUUUUGACUGUUGUUAGACGAUUACGUUUUUAUUUUUUCGGUUAUAACUUGUUGGAAUUCGAGUACUUAUUGUUUCAGUUGAACAAGAACGCAUACAUUGAUCUAAUAAUUCGAAUUUGAUAGAUGAAAAAGUUUGUACAUUUUUAUAACAAAACUUGUGUAUAAAAAAUAUAUUAUAUAAAAAUGAAUUAGACAUUUCAGUUGUUUGCAUUUAUUAUCACAUGUUUUUCGCGUUGGAUCACUUUUUAUAUCUAGACUGCUGUAUAUAUUGAAGCCAAGUUUUGGGUUGUGGUAUGUUUGUUUUUAAGCAAAUUUGCCAAAUUUAUUUAUUUCUCUUUUUCACAGUAUGUCAAAAGUGCUACGGUUACAUUAUUGUAUUAGGAAUUAGUUGCGUUUUGUAUAAAUGCUUUUCAAGUUGCUUUGUGAAUCCAUUGAUAUAUUUUAGUCUAUAUAUAACACUGUACCAUAGGAAAACUUGUGGUACAAUGAAUCUGUAGUGUAGUUGUUAAUAAUUUGUGAUCAAUUUCAGUAAUAAAAUACACAAAACUGAA